AUGGCGUCCCCAGAGUCGAACGCGGUCAACGUCGCGGCUGCGGCGCAAAAGCCCGCGUGCCCGCCUUCCCGGCGCUUCCACGUCUGUGCGGUCGGCGAGGAGGCGAACUGCGACUGCCUCGCGCGCCUCAGCGGCCUCGCUCGUGUCCAGUUCUGGCUGUCGAAACUCCUGCCUCGAGACGACCUCCCGGGCGCGAACCAAAAAACCCCAUUCAGCUUGAACCGCUACCUGCUCCUUCUCCUCUACUCGAUCGUGGUCUUCACCACCGGUGCCGUCUUCUACGGCUGGACCGCGCUCUCUGCGAUGAUCUUCAAGAACGAUGGCUUCGCGUACCUGUGCGCCAAGAACUCGGAGGGCGUCUACGAGCCGGACUUGCGUGAGAGCGGGAAACUGUACAUCUGCGACGAGCAAGACGCCACCGUGCAGAAACUGUACACCAUGACCUUCGCAGUCGCGUGUCUGAUGAGCGCCGGCGCGGGAACUCUCCUCGACUGGCUCGGUCCGCUCUUCACGGAGCUCUUGGGGCAAGUCUUCAACCUGAUUGGUUGGCUGCUUCUCGCCUUCUCGACUGCAGACUACCCUUUGUACUACCCAGCGCUCGUCUUCAUCGGCCUCGGCGCGGACUCCUCGAUGCUUCCCACGCUCUGCAUUCGCCGGCUGUUCCCGGGAUCUACGGGCCUCAUCAUCACGAUCCUUGGCUCCGCCGCCUCCGCGAGCUUCGGCAUCCCGCUGAUCCUCAGCGAGAUCGUCGAGAACCACGGCUUCAGCGUCCGCACAGUCAGCAUCGGGUACUGCAUCCUGGGACCGGUCCUCGGGAUUGUGGUCGCCGUCCUGUUCAUGCCGCGACGCGGUUUUGCGCUCGACGACGAAGGCACGAUCUUCCGGGAGGAAGACGAGGCGGCGACCGAGGCGCCGCGCGCCCUGGAGAACGGCCAGGCCGAUGCGCAGAGCUCCCGGGACGUGGGUCACUCUCUGCGCGCGGUGACCAAAUCCUCCUUCUGGUCUCAGCUCUUCUCCGUGCGCUACUUUUUGAUCGUUCUGUACUUUGUAGUCGUCAGCUGGGCGACGUCGUACUACCAGCAGGCUGCGCGCCGCAUGUUCUCCGACUCUGUCGUCUCCGUCAUGGAGAUUCUGUUGCCGCUCUCCUUCGUUCCGUGCAUCAUUCUCGGGAAGAUUGCAGACGUGGUGGGCAUCAUCCGCGUCCUCGUCGUGAUGAACACGUCGGGUCUGCUCACCUACGUCUUCUCCUUCUUCAAGAACGACGCGACUGGCUACCUCUCCGCGAUCUGCUUCAUGAUCUACAUGUCGCUGCUGACCAGCCAGGUGUACGUCUACGUCGAAGGCACCUUCUCGCCGAACCACUUUGGAAAGUUGAUUGGUUUGUCGAACCUCACGGGAGGACUGCUGUCCCUCGUCUCGAACCCGCUGUACGAGAACAUCACGGUGAACCGCGACAACGGCGACCCGCUCUGCAUCCAAAUCGCCAUGACCGUCCUCCUCUGCGUGCAGUAUCUCUGGAUCUUCAUCCUCGGCUUCCUGAAGGUCCGAGACGCGCGCAUCCUCCACCUGGAACUGAGCGACAAGAACCCGGCUGGAGGGGCCGCUGCGCUGAGUCCGGAAAAGGCCGCGAGUCUCCCUGCGACUGAGCAAGGCGACGACUCUCGGCCCCAGAAGGCGCUCUCGGGGGCGCGGGAAACCGAGCUCACGAGCGUGAAUGUGACCACGCCCGGAAGUUCCUGA